CCGUCCCAAGAUGGCGGGUGAGCGCAGUCAGGCUGGUGGGCGGAGCGCGAUGGAUGGGCGGGACCUCUGGUCUCGCCCCGCCUCCGGCCCCGCCCUCCAGCACAUCCUAAGAUGGCGGAGCCCUCAGUACUUUGUGGACUUGCAGGAUGACUUAGAGGACUUGCUGGGAUUAAAGCCACUACACCCAUCUUGCCUGAAAGAAAUUCUUCACAGAGACUUGCUUUGUAUUAAAAGGAAGAUUAUCCCAGGAAUGGUGGCACACACUCAUCUGUGAUCUAAGAACUCAGGAGCAUCAGGAGUUCAAGGCUAGCCUCAGGGGCUUAGCAGUUCCUGGAAAACAAGUAAACCAGCCAGAUAAUGGGACUUCUGCCGAAGCAUCUAUCCACCAGCCGGUCAGUCCAUGACAAAUGCGGUUCUUCUAGCCCUUCUGUUCGUGUGGUCAGAAAAUCCAGCCAGGAAGUGCUACUGGCUCUUCUGGAGCAAGGUCUCAUUUCUCAGUGUGACAUUGAAGCCGAAGUAUGUCCCACUCUGCUGGAGCGGUCUGUUCCCAGCCGUGAUGAUGUACGCAGAAAGGAGGCCAUGAGCAUAACCUGCAGAUGGAGAAUGGCAUCUAUGCUGACCAAGAGCGCAGUUGAGCACCUGCUGCUACCUUCAUUCUUUGAACUGUGUGCUGACUGGAGAUCCUUCCAAGUUCAGAAGGAAGCCAGAAAAAUACAACAGCCAAGCUCAGUGGAAAGCUCCGCAGCACACAUUCACAAUCCGAGCAUGGAACCCCACGUGACUUACAGAGGACUACACACAGACGCGCUUCCUCUGGAUAUGGGCUGCAUGUCUGGAGACAGAGCUUGUUCCCAUCCUGCUGUUCUGGGUAGCACAGACGUACAGUCCUUCCCUCAGCCUGCUGAGUGCUGGGAGUCCAGCUGGAGUGCCAUGUCUACUCUGCCUGCUUGCUCACUCUCCGCCACCACAGAACUGACGGGCCUGCUCCAAGGCGAGGUCCUGGCGAGGUCCUGGCGAGGCGAGUGCUUGAACCACUGGCCGCUGCACUGGCCUCUGCAGAACCCAGCGCUCCAGCUCUCCAGCCCUCCAGCUCUCCAGCCCUCCAGCGCUCCAGCCCUCCAGCGCUCCAGCGCUCCAGCGCUCCAGCCCUCCAGCGCUCCAGCCCUCCAGCCCUCCAGCGCUCCAGCCCUCCAGCCUCUAGAGUACCUGGGCACCCAGAGCCAGAUGUACUCCCGGAAGGAACUUCAUCUGCACACCAGCUCUUCCACAGACACAACAGAAAACCAUCCAGGGAGCCCUUCCCUAGCUAGGGCGGAAGUGGUGGGAAAUUCUUCAGGCAGCAGUCCUGAUGUCAGUGGCUGCCUGAAACAGGACCAGAGACUACUGAGGGCAUGUUCAGUACUUUCCAGAAUUGGCAAACUCCUCUGCUUGAUACAAGCAAAGAUGUGGAAGUGCAUCUGA